AUGUGGGAAUUUGGGUCCGCUUCACAAACAGACGUCACACAAAUCUUCCCUCAGGGAAACAACCUGGCGCCAAAAGGGCCCAGACGGGCGCGCGCCGCCCCGCUGCGACGUCACUACCGUGCGCCGCCAGGUGACGUCACUGAGGUGCGCCGCCAACGUGACGUCACUGCUGCGCGCCGGGCAGCGGUUGCCAUGGAGGCAAACCAGCAGAGGGCUGGGUCCCACCCCUGCCAACUGCCCACGGAACACCCAGCCAAGGGAUGGAAGACCAACACCAAUGGGAGCAGGGAAAUCCUCAGCAUAGAGGAGGUGCCCGGUCUCGAGAUCCUGCCCAUGCCCACCAGAUACCUGGAAUUAGCUCUGAUCACCAACAAGGAGCUGUUCAAAGCCAACAGACAAAACGAGACCCUGAUGCUGCACCUCUUCAUUUCCAUCAGCAACGUCCUGAACACGGUCUACAGGAGCAUGAAGCUGCAGGUCGUCCUCAGCGCGGUGGAGAUGUGGACCACAAAGGACCAGGUUGCGGCCAGGCAGAGCCUGUCCCAGACACUGCGGUCCUUCAGCAGCUGGUGCCAGCAGGAUGCUGCAGAUCGCCUCGGCUACGACCACGUGGAGAUGCUGCUUGGUGAGCACUACAAGGAGUGGGGCUUUACCUGGAAGGGGAUGAUGUGCCAGCCCAACUCCGUCGGCGUCGUUUCGGUAAGGAGAGACCUCACAGACCAUAAUAUUCCCCCUGUAAGCCAUACUCCUAUAUAG